CUACUUUGUGUUCUCCUUUCCCUACCAACUAAGCUUGCCUAAUUUGCUUCAGAAUUGGAAGAGGGAAUUGCAGCAGGAAAAUAUGUGAAGAGUUUUUAAACCCACAAAUUCUUCUUACUUUAGAAUUAGUUGUUACAUUGGCAGGAAAAAAUAAAUGCAGAUGUUGGACCAUGUUGGAAACCUUGUCAAGACAGUGGAUUGUCUCACACAGAAUGGAAAUGUGGCUUCUGAUUCUGGUGGCGUAUAUGUUCCAGAGAAAUGUGAAUUCAGUACAUAUGCCAACUAAAGCUGUGGACCCAGAAGCAUUCAUGAAUAUUAGUGAAAUCAUCCAACAUCAAGGCUAUCCCUGUGAGGAAUAUGAAGUCGCAACUGAAGAUGGGUAUAUCCUUUCUGUUAACAGGAUUCCUCGAGGCCUAGUGCAACCUAAGAAGACAGGUUCCAGGCCUGUGGUAUUACUGCAGCAUGGCCUAGUUGGAGGUGCUAGCAACUGGAUUUCCAACCUGCCCAACAAUAGCCUGGGCUUCAUUCUGGCAGAUGCUGGUUUUGACGUGUGGAUGGGGAACAGCAGGGGAAACACCUGGUCUCGAAAACACAAGACCCUCUCCAUAGACCAAGAUGAGUUCUGGGCUUUCAGUUAUGAUGAGAUGGCUAGGUUUGACCUUCCUGCAGUGAUAAACUUUAUUUUGCAGAAAACGGGCCAGGAAAAGAUCUAUUAUGUCGGCUACUCACAGGGCACCACCAUGGGCUUUAUUGCAUUUUCCACCAUGCCAGAGCUGGCUCAGAAAAUCAAAAUGUAUUUUGCUUUAGCACCCAUAGCCACUGUUAAGCAUGCAAAAAGCCCCGGGACCAAAUUUUUGUUGCUGCCAGAUAUGAUGAUCAAGGGAUUGUUUGGCAAAAAAGAAUUUCUGUAUCAGACCAGAUUUCUCAGACAACUUGUUAUUUACCUUUGUGGCCAGGUGAUUCUCGAUCAGAUUUGUAGUAAUAUCAUGUUACUUCUGGGUGGAUUCAACACCAACAAUAUGAACAUGAGCCGAGCAAGUGUAUAUGCUGCCCACACUCUUGCCGGAACAUCUGUGCAAAAUAUUCUACACUGGAGCCAGGCAGUGAAUUCUGGUGAACUCCGGGCAUUUGACUGGGGGAGUGAGACCAAAAAUCUGGAAAAAUGCAAUCAGCCAACUCCUGUAAGGUACAGAGUCAGAGAUAUGACGGUCCCUACAGCAAUGUGGACAGGAGGUCAGGACUGGCUUUCAAAUCCAGAAGACGUGAAAAUGCUGCUCUCUGAGGUGACCAACCUCAUCUACCAUAAGAAUAUUCCUGAAUGGGCUCAUGUGGAUUUCAUCUGGGGUUUGGAUGCUCCUCACCGUAUGUACAAUGAAAUCAUCCAUCUGAUGCAGCAGGAGGAGACCAACCUUUCCCAGGGACGGUGUGAGGCCAUAUUGUGAAGCAUCUGACACUGACGAUCUUAGGACAACCUCAUGAGGGAUGGGACUAGGACCCAUGAAGGCAGAAUUACGGAGAGCAGAGACCUAGUAUACAUUUUUCAGAUUCCCUGCACUUGGCACUAAAUCCGACACUUACAUUUACAUUUUUUUCUGUAAAUUAAAGUACUUAUUAGGUAAUAGAGGUUUUGUAUGCUAUUAUAUAUUCUACCAUCUUGAAGGGUAGGUUUUACCUGAUAGCCAGAAAAUAUCUAGACAUUCUCUAUAUCAUUCAGGUAAAUCUCUUUAAAACACCUAUUUUUUUUUCUAUAAGCCAUAUUUUUGGAGCACUAAAGUAAAAUGACAAAUUGGGACAGAUAUUGAGGUCUGGAGUCUGUGGAUUAUUGUUGACUUUGACAAAAUCAGCUAGACAUUUUCACCUUGUUGCCACAGAGACAUAACACUACCUCAGGAAGCUGAGCUGCUUUAAGGACAACAACAACAAAAUCAGUGUUACAGUAUGGAUGAAAUCUAUGUUAAGCAUUCUCAGAAUAAGGCCAAGUUUUAUAGUUGCAUCUCAGGGAAGAAAAUUUUAUAGGAUGUUUAUGAGUUCUCCAAUAAAUGCAUUACAUAAAGC